AUGGUAGACGCAGUAGUCCAACUUCGGUGUGGUGUCAAGAACGACGACUGGGGGAAAAAAGGAAAAGAGUCGAUUGCUGCGCAGCUAUGGUCUAAAACGCCAAACAAUGCAGCAAUUGACCACUCCAAGCAUUAUUCCGAGAUGUGGCUGGGCACGUACCCUUCAAACCCAUCCUAUCUACUUUCCACGGGCGAACACCUCGGCGAGUACCUGAAGAAGCAUCCCGAGCUAGUGGGCAAGUCCGUUCACGACCGAUGGGGUCCAGAGAUUCCAUUUCUGCCAAAGAUUCUAUCUUUUAGCAAAGCGCUGCCCCUACAAAUCCAUCCAGACCUGAAGCUCGCCGCACAACUACACAAAGAACAUCCCGACAAGUAUGGCGACACAAUGCACAAGCCAGAGAUUGCAAUCGCCCUGUCCAAAUUCGAGCUCUUCGCUGGCUGGAAGCCCCUGAAAGACAUCCAAGCGCUGUUCGAGUUGAACCACCUAGCAAGAUACAUCCCCGAAUCCGGACAAUUUAACGACGAAACCCUGCGCCAAGUAUGCAAGGCUCUACUGAGUGCCCCACCCAAAGAAGUCGCACAGACAAUGAAAGAUCUACAAGCCAUCCCCGAAUCCCAGUUCGGCGCACACACCUAUAUCCCCAACCUACUUAGCCGUCUAGCAAAGCAAUACGGCGAAGGCGACAACGGAAACUUAGUCGCCGCCCUGCUGAUGAACUACAUGACCCUAGGCCCGGGAGAUUCCGUCUUCGUCCCCGCAGACAGCAUUCACGCCUACCUGGAAGGCGAUAUCGUGGAGUGCAUGGCGCGCUCAGACAAUGUCAUCAACACAGGGUUCUGUCCGGCUGCAGACCGCGACAGCGUUGAGUUGUUCGGACAGGCUUUGAGUUUUGUACCACAUAAUGCGCAGGAUGCGCUGCUGCCGCGUAGAAAGAGUGACAAGGGCCUGAAUGGCAAGACGGAUGUCUAUGCACCGCCUAUCAGUGAAUUCUCAGUGCUGUGUACUACACUUGGGGCUGGGGAGAGUGAGACACACAAGGCCAUUCUUGGGCCGAGUUUGAUGAUUGUUACCAAAGGUGACGGUCAGAUGAAAUUCCCUGGUAAUCAGACCGCUGAGUUAAAGGAGGGAUAUGUUUUCUUUGUGGGGCAGGGAAUUGCGUUGGACUUUGUGACUGACAAGGGCAUGGCGGUUUAUCGGGCAUAUGCGGAGUAA